AGCGCCCCCCCCCGCGCCGCCCCACGCCUCCUUCCCCCGCAGAGGCCAAGGACAGCCAGCGCGCAGCUAGGCCCCGCGUCUGGGUCAGUUGUCCACUCCCGCAAGUUCUUCUGCCGGCCUCGGCCUCAGACCGAGGAUUUAAAGGCCCCUCUGGGCGGAAUGGAAGGGAAGGAGAGCUCGUAGCGGCCGCCAGAGGGGAGGGAGCAGGGACCGACCUCGUCUCUCGCGCCGUCGUAUUUUUAUUUUAAACCGCCCCCCCCCCGCCGCCGCCGCCGCCACAGCCACAGCCACCACUUCCCUCUUAAAUUCUCUCCUGCAACUUCAAAUCGGUACCUACCUGCUCGCCGACAAGGAAACGAAGCAGAUUUCCCCCUGGCCUGUUGGAGCCGCCGACUUCAUAAAUAAGUUCCUCACGCUAGUCAAGCAAGAAGGAGCAGGCCCCCCCCAGCCCAUUUUGCUGUCAGAUAUCAAUUGUGAAGGGGAAGGGGACGCUUGACAGGCAGAGGAAACGGGAUAGUAUCAAACAGCUGUCAGAGAGGAGGACCCGCAGCAGUUUAAGAGGAAAAACAAAUACUCCUUGGGAUAAACGAGAAAGAUGCUUGCUCCCUAAGAUUUCUAAUAGGGUGUGUGUUAGCUUGAAGAAAACAAGGAACUCUUAAUUACCAAAGGAGGUGAAAGUUGUUCCCAUUUAUAGCUACUCACCAACAAAGAAAAAGGAGGAGAAAAGAUCUUUCAAGCCUAGUCAACAGGAGAGAGGAGGAAUAUAUAUACCUGUAGCUUAAGGGUUUGGAAACCCAAAGCUGAUCUCUACCUCUGUGUUCACAACUCAGAAAAACCCACAGCAGCAUCACUUUUGAGCAUGAGGCCUAUGUGCAGAGUGUGAAGGACAUCUCUCGUUGAAGUAAGUCCAGAGGCAUCCACUGCAGAAAAUCUUAACUAGACACUUUUGCCUCCAGCAUCAUGGCCUCUGAUCUGGAAAGCAGCCUCACUUCCAUUGAUUGGCUCCCACAGCUCACUCUGCGAGCCACUAUUGAGAAAUUAGGGGGUGCCUCCCAGUCAGGUCCCCCAGGGGCCGGUCGGAAGUGCUCUCCUGGCUCCCCCACUGACCCCAAUGCCACCUUGAGCAAAGACGAUGCUGCAGUCCACCAGGAUGGGAAGCCGCGCUACAGCUAUGCCACUCUGAUCACUUACGCUAUCAAUUCAUCCCCGGCCAAGAAGAUGACCCUCAGUGAGAUCUAUCGCUGGAUUUGUGACAACUUUCCCUACUAUAAGAAUGCUGGCAUUGGGUGGAAGAACUCCAUUCGUCACAAUCUGUCUCUGAAUAAAUGCUUUCGGAAAGUGCCUCGCCCUCGGGACGACCCUGGAAAGGGUUCUUACUGGACCAUAGAUACCUGUCCUGAUAUUUCCCGGAAGAGGCGUCACCCACCAGAUGACGAUCUGUCCCAGGAUUCCCCAGAGCAAGAGGCAAGCAAGAGCCCCCGGGGGCCUGUUUCUGUUGGGGCAGAAUCAUCGCUGUCCCCUGAAUCCACCCAGCAGCUAUCCUUGCAAAGCACACCGCCUAUUGGCAAUUACAGUCAGCAGAGCACAGGGCCUGUGGAUGUGGCAGCAACAGUGGCUGGCGGUCAGAGCCGUGAAGGUCCAGAUGUGCCACCUCCACAUUACAGUAACAGCAACGACUUGAAAUUCUCCUAUUCUGAGAUCAACUUCCAGGACCUGAGCUGGUCCUUCCGAAAUCUCUAUAAAUCCAUGCUUGAGAAAUCCUCCUCAUCCCAGCAUGAUUUCUCUUCCCUCCUGGGUGACAUGCAGCCCUCCAACCACAAUUACUAUAUGUACCACCAGCAGCAGGUGCCCUCCUCGGUGGGAGCUGCACCCCCCCUCCACACUCCAACCUCAGAAGGCUGUCCAUCCCAGGGUGGCAAGCAACAAGGAGGUGACAGCUAUGGCCCCCCACCUGUGAUGUCCAUUCACCCCUCUUCAAUGCAGCAUGGAGGAUAUCACCAGCAUCAGCACCACCACCCGCACUCCCAUUCACAGCAACAGCAGCAGCAGCAACAACAACAACAACAGCAACAGCAGCAGCAAUCACAAGCUUCCAUGAAUAAUGCUAGCUUUGCAUUUCCCCCUGAGUGGUGCUCCAACAUAGAUUCCCUAAAAGAAAGCUUCAAGAUGGUGAAUCGGCUGAACUGGUCUAGCAUUGAGCACUCCCAGUUCUCAGAGUUGAUGGAGAGUCUGCGCCAGGCUGAGCGUAAGAACUGGACUCUAGAUCAGCAUCACAUUGCCAACCUCUGUGACUCCCUCAAUCACUUUCUCACCCAGACCGGUCAGCUCCCUCACCUGGGAGGUCCACAGCAGCUUCCCCGAAUCUCCGAGUCCUGUGCCAUGAAUAGUGGCAAACAAGAGCAGCCCAUGAACCAAGGUUGCAAGCAGGUAGCUGGGGCUAUUGAUGGUUCUUUCCCCCUUUUCUCUGCUAGUGAACUCUUACGGUCAGCCACAGCCUCCCCAUCUCUACUCUGGGCCAUCUCCAAUGUACCAGAUUUCCACCCAGGACACGCCAGGGUAUAAUCGUCCAGGUCAUCAUCUGGUUCCACGGCCGCCUCCAGGUGCCAAUGAGGAAAUCCCUGAUGAUUUCAACUGGGAUUUGAUCACCUAGCAAGUUACAGACUUGAUAGCACAUCCCUCAUGUAGGGUAUGGGAAGGGGAGUCUGAGGUUGGGUCACAAGACCUUCAGCCUCUUUCCUUGCCUGUAUAUAGAUAUAUAUUCUCUACUUCCGCCAGAGAAGCUGCCGCAAGAUGCUGCCGAAGAUAAUCCUUCCUUGCGCUCCCUGUUUUACCUUUUUUUCUUCUUCUUUAUUAUUAUUAUUAUUAUCAUCAUCAAUAAUAGUGCACAGCCCUUUUGCUCCAUCUUCCAGCUUCGGAUUUUAUGUGUUUACUGGCACCCUGUGUGGGAUGGAGGGUAGGAAAACUGUUUUUUGGUGUCAUGAGAAGACCUCAGAAGGAGGAAUUCUUGAGGGCAUCUUUCUCUUCCUGCAUCACCUGCGUUUUAACAAUCCCGCUUUCCCUUCAAGGUGGCCAGUGACUCUGUUUUAUUGGCUACAAAAGUGAGAGAGCCCCGUGAAUCUUGAAAGUCUGUAAUAAUUAUGUUCUUUCUUAAAUGUUGUAAAGGGGGAGGGGGAGGGGAGGGGGAGGGUUAGACCGGCGUUGAAAGGAGGUCUGUGAACUUUCUCACACCAGCAGGAGCAGCAGGAUUAACAAGUGCACAGAAUAUGAGGCUCUGGGUGUGGAGAACAGCUGGAAUAUUGGAGUUUGACAGAGACAGGCUUGCCUUAGUGGAAGGUGAGGACUUCCCUCUAGCUGAAACAUGGUGGUUACGAGUCUGCUGCUUGGUAGGGACUGAGUGUCUGGUAUAGACGAUGGGGGCCUUUACCUUUUUUCUACACUGCCUUUUUCAAUCACUGCCAUUUUGCACUUUCCCCCUCGGCAGACAAAGAAAGCUUGACAGGUCUGGCUUGUAUCCGCAUCAUGUGGCUUGGGUACCAAGAUCGAACCAGAAUCCUCAGGGCUUGUCUUAUCACAGUUCCGCCCCCCUCCUGCUGCCUUCUCUCAUAAUGCAGUAAGGCUCUUAUUUGAAUAUGCAGAUAAGACAUAAAAAUCAAGAAGUAACUUCUCUACCCUGCAAGGUUUUGUUUUUUUAACUCCUGAAUUUGACUUCCUCUCAAUUCUCUAGAAAGUGUUGUGGCUUGUGAUGCAAGAGUAGGAGCUGAGGGUGUCUUGUCUGCCUUAUAUAAAAUAAGCAACUGGUGGUCCCUGUUUCCUGGAUAAACUUAAGGUGAAAGGAGGAAUGUAAUGCUGAGCAGAGCUUGGUGGGUGGAGGGUUUCUGGUAGAGGCUAAGUUAUUGUGGAAUAUCUCUGUGAAGAAGAUGCCGAAAGUGUAUAGCUGGAAAAGGAGGGAAAGUUGGAAGGGCCCUUCCAAGUCACGUGGGGUCAGGAAGGGCAGAAGUUCAGUUGUAUGGCAGUCCUUAGGAGACAAGGAAGAAGAAGGGUGCCAGUUUAGGAUUGAAUUUUGAACUGGAUCUAGCUAGGUGACCUCUUUGCUGCUUUGUUUUACAUUUCUAGUGUGACUCUCUUUUGCCAGACCUCUUGUUAAUCUGCAUACUCUUUCAGCUGCAAGCCUGCUUUGUGUGAAGAGGAAACUUAAGUUGGAAGCAAAAAACAUCAUAGGAAAGUGCUGUGCCCGAGGGUGGGAAGGUUCUGUAGCACUGCUUUUAACUCACUGUUCCAUUGGAUUUUGGAGGGAGGGAAUUUUUGGUUGUUGGGGAAUGGGGCCAUCAUUGUGUGUACUGAGAGGAGUAGAAAAUCCCUGAGCUGAAUUCCUGGAGGAGUUUUAAUGGUUGUCUACACUGUCCCAAGAUGAGAAUGAUGUGACCAGGAACAGGAGAUUCUUGUUGGCGAGUGUCUGUGGAACACGCUGUAGAGAUGACUUCUCCAGAUGCCAGCUGGUGCUUUUUACAAGAAGUUUUCGAAGAAUAAAAUCCACAGAAGGUGGAGGGAAUAAAAGAUCACUCCUAUAGGUAUUUAAAGGCGCCUUGUUUGCAUAUGUAAAUAUAUGCCAGUCAGUGUGCAAAUUAGCCACAUCCUCCCUUUUGCCUCUGAAUUAACUGCAUCAUUCUCAAGUGGGUUAGUAUUGGAAUGGACACAUGAAGUCAUAGACUCAGCACUGGAAUUCUGCACUGUGAGCAGCUGACACAGCCUGUCCUGGAAAAACAAGGGUCAGCAGCACAGAGGGCUGGCCGGCCAGCCUGCCUGCCUGCCGUGGAGAGAAAUCCCUCGUCUGCCCACCCGCUUCAGUGCAGCCCACAAUGCUUUAUGUCAAGGAGAUGGGAGAGGGGUGUGGCCUCACAGAUUUAUUUUUUUUUGCAUGCUUUCUUAAUUAAAAAAGUGAAUGUUUAUGGUUUAA